AUAGAACACACUUAUUUAACAACAAAAAAAAUCUAUAUUAAAAUGACAACAAGCGGUGAAAAAGUUAAGAGUCCCGUAUGGCGAGAAUCAUCCAGUUUAAUAAUAUGUGCCAAAAGUCCGGAAAAACUAAGUGAAUACGAUUAUAGGAUCUUAAUUCUAAAACGUUCGGAUCGCACAGCUUUAAUUAAGGAACAAGGUGUUUUUCCCGGUGGUAUUUAUGAUCCGUUCGAUGAGAGCAUAGAAUGGUUAAAAUAUUUCGAAGAAUUCGGUGUCACACAGCAGUCAUUGAAAGAGCUGGUGAUAAUCGAUGGCGAAACUGAGAGACCAAAAAUCUUAGCACCCCAAGGCACUGGAUGCUAUGAUCGAUUUUUUAAAAAUUCUAAAAUAUGGGCCAGGGAAAUUUCACUUCGCAUAAAUGCUAUACGUGAAACUUUUGAGGAAGUUGGUGUAUUCUUGUGUCGUAAUCGGGAACAAUUGCUCAACAAUAGUAUAACAGGCUUUUAUAUUGAAAAAUAUGAUAAAUUAAAGUGGCAAAAAUUGGUUCAUGAAGAUCCCAAAGAAUUUCUCAAUAUGUGUAAAGAACUUAAUGUAGUGCCCGAUUUAUGGGGACUACAUGAGUGGUGCGGUUGGGCCAGUCCAGCCAUUAUAAAAAGAGGUUAUGAGACAGCGUUUUUUAUAACAUUCCUUAAUGAAAUACCCAAAGUGUUGUGUGAAGAAACGGAAGUCAAAGAAUGUUUGUGGCUGCCUCCACCUACAUUUUUACAAAUGGUACGUGAAGCCAAACUCUCAUUUUUACCGCCACAAGUUUAUGAGUUAUCACGCUUAGUUCCUUAUAAAUCUUUCGAUUAUCUCAAACAAUUUUCAUGGGAUCGUAGGAAAAAAGGCAUAACUAUGUAUCGUCCUAUUGGUCACGUUUGUACGGAUGGUGUUGUCUUUGUAUUUCCAGGUGAUGAUUUCUAUACGGGAGAUCCAUAUCAAGCCACCGUUACUCGUAAUAUGGAGUGCACUAGAGCUGAAUUUAGAGCUCGAUCUAAAUGUAUAAAUCGUAUUGAAAAUCCUGUUACUCCUAAUGCUGUUUUAUAUUCCAACAUUAAACCCUUUAAUGGUCAUUUGAUGCCCGUGAGUUCUAGAGGCGAUGAAUUGAAUAAACUCUAAUUGUAUUGUUUGGACAAAAGGUGGUGUAAAUAAAGUUGAUAAUAUGAACAUAUUGAUAUGUAUUAAAAUUUAAUGUAA